GGCACUCGACGCUCGGGCACCAACGCGGCUGCAGUUACUCUGGACACUGGCGAGGAUCCUCAGAGCAAAGAGCCAUGAGUUGGAACACAACCAAAGUAACUCAUGUGAUGCGUGAGGUGCCGCAUGAGGAACUGGCUGGCUUGAAGGAUCGAAUGUCUCGCUAUCUUCCUCAUUCAGCUUCUAUAUACGGAAUCGUAGGCACAAAACUACGCCAUCCUUUGGUCCAAGAAAUUUCCACAGAUGUUUACGUUCCAGAGAGCCACCCGGAUUCGUCUCUGGUAGUGGCUACGCCCUCCUGCUCCUCCGAUCUCCUGAAGAGUCUGACGGUGUUCUGGUGCUUAGAGGAGGAGGAGGACGACGAGGACGUGGCUCUCCUGCUGGCGUCUCUCCCGGCUUGUCUUUGGAAGCAGCCCUUGUUUUUCUACGCUUGUUCAGUUCCCGUGCUUCGUAAGCUGGAAUCUCUGUUGAAUUACGAGUGUCUGGCAGGAGGACAGACGGUUUGGCAUCGGAUGUCUGAAGGCAUGAUGUACAGUCUCAGUCGUGAAGAUCUGCAGGUGCAUCAGUUGCCCCCGGGUUUCACCAUGGGUCCCCUGAGGCCAGAAGACACGCCCACCGUCCGUUCGUGGUGGAAGUACAGCUGGUCAGAGUCCUAUGCCGUCCUUCUGGCUCACAUCAAUCACUUACCCUCCGUCGGCGUUUAUAAGGAUGGCGAGGACGGAGGCGCGAGCGAGGGAGACAGGAAGCUGGUUUCGUGGAUCCAACAGUACAAGAACGGCAACAUGGGAAACACGUUCACACUGCCGGAGUACCGAAGGCUGGGUCUAGCUCGCUGCGCCACCCUCGCUCUCUCUCGUAAGAACAUCGAGAGUGGCCGCCCCGCGUACCUGGUUAUUGAUGAGACAAACACAGACUCCAUCCUAUUCCACGAAAAAAUAGGAUUCAAGAAACAGUGCGGCGUAGGAUGGAAUGCUAGUCUUCCUCCUGGAGUGGCGCUUGAAGACGUUAUACGCGAACGGAAUGAUUGACGACUGUAUGCACGGCGAGAGGCUGUGGCAAAAGCGUGGCAAAAAGGAAGAGUUUCAUGAAUAUGUGAGGAGUUGCUUGCCUAGCCGAUUUCGAUGACGCAGGUGUUAUUAGGUUCAAAAGUGAUUUAGGGUCGAUAGAGACCUUUCCCUGACUGCUGCUGCAUCUACCUUGCGAUGAACACAGCCGGUACAGGGGCGAGAUUUUAUUUUGGAAAAAAAAUGUCACUUAAGUUCUUCUAUCCAAGGCAUUUAACAGUGCUGAAUAGAGAACUAGUUCUCCUCAUGCUGACAGAAACAACUAGGAAAAAGAUAUAGUCUUAUGCGAGUGGUUCAUUUUGCAUCUAUUCAACUAUUACUGUCCUAUUCAUGUGACUGAGAACAAAAAGGGCCAUUGUCAUAAAAAAAAUGAUGUUGAGAAAAACGCCUCUGAAAGUUUGCUCCGUUAAUUGAGAUUCAGAAAAUAAUAAUUCAUUAAACAGAGGUUAUCCUGUUGGUAAUCAAGGUGUGUUGCAUCAAUCUAAUUCUAUCAAAGACAUUUUUUUAUAUAACAAAAAUAACGAAUAUUUUUUCAUAACAGAAAACAUAUAUAAUAUAUAUUUUUUACUGUCGUGCCUUUAAAAUAAAC